AUGUACCAGUGGGAGAGUCACCGGCUGACGGCCAAAGAGGUGUUCGACAGCGAUGGGAAGCCCAAAGUGGACGUGCUCAAAGCCCACCUGACAAAGGAGGGCCGCGUGGAGGAGACCGUGGCGCUGAGGCUCAUCGGCGACGGAGCGGCCAUUUUGAGAGCAGAGAAAAACCUGCUGGACAUAGAGGCUCCAGUCACAGUGUGCGGAGACAUCCAUGGACAGUUCUUUGAUUUGAUGAAGCUGUUUGAAGUGGGAGGAUCGCCAGCCACCACGCGCUACCUUUUCCUCGGGGACUACGUGGACAGAGGGUAUUUCAGUAUUGAAUGUGUGCUGUACUUAUGGGCCUUAAAGAUCCUUUAUCCAAAAACACUGUUUUUGCUGCGUGGGAAUCAUGAAUGUAGACAUUUAACAGAGUAUUUCACAUUUAAGCAAGAAUGUAGAAUUAAGUAUUCGGAGCAAGUGUAUGACGCAUGUAUGGACGCCUUCGACUGCCUUCCCCUGGCCGCGCUCAUGAACCAGCAGUUCCUCUGUGUACACGGAGGCCUGUCUCCAGAAAUCACAAAUCUCGACGACAUCAGGAAAUUAGACAGAUUCAAAGAGCCUCCAGCGUACGGACCCAUGUGUGACCUGCUGUGGUCCGACCCCCUGGAGGACUUUGGGAACGAGAAGAGCCAAGAGCAUUUCACACACAACACAGUCCGAGGCUGCUCCUACUUCUACAGCUACCCCGCCGUCUGUGACUUUCUACAACACAAUAACCUAUUAUCUAUCAUCCGGGCCCAUGAAGCGCAGGAUGCAGGAUAUCGCAUGUAUAGAAAGAGUCAGACCACGGGCUUCCCUUCGCUCAUCACCAUCUUCUCUGCACCCAACUACCUAGACGUCUACAACAACAAAGCCGCGGUGCUCAAGUACGAGAAUAACGUCAUGAACAUCCGACAGUUCAACUGCUCGCCUCAUCCAUACUGGCUCCCCAACUUCAUGGACGUCUUCACCUGGUCCCUGCCUUUCGUCGGAGAAAAGGUGACUGAAAUGCUCGUGAACGUUCUGAGCAUCUGUUCCAACGAUGAGCUCACGACUGACGAGGAGCUGGAUGGACAGCUAAUUUAUACCCCCAAAAAAGGUGCCACGGCUUCAGCCCGAAAGGAGGUCAUCCGCAACAAGAUUCGCGCCAUCGGGAAGAUGGCCAGGGUCUUCUCUGUGCUCCGAGAGGAGAGUGAGAGCGUGCUGACACUGAAGGGCCUGACCCCCACGGGGAUGUUACCAAGCGGAGUGCUGUCCGGUGGAAAGGAGAAGUUGGAAAAUGCCAUCAAGGGCUUCUCUCCACAACACAAGAUCUCCAGCUUUGAGGAGGCCAAAGGUCUGGAUCGGAUCAACGAGCGGAUGCCCCCUCGCCGGGACGCCCUGCCUUCAGAUGCCAGCCUCAACUCCCUGAACAAGGCCCUGUCGUCAGAGACCAACGGCACGGAGCCCAAAGGCAGCACGAGCAGCAGCAGCAUCCAGUGA